AACAGAGUUUAGCGCGCGCUUACAGCUCAAAUCUUCCCUUCUUCUCUCUGACAGAGUGUGUGUCUGCCUGCUGCUGCUCUUCUGCCUAGCAACACAAAGCCUGAAUCUCUCUCUCUCUCUACUCCUCCAUCUACCAGCAUCAUGUUCGAGGCUCGCCUGGUGCAGGGCUCCAUCCUGAAGAAGGUGCUGGAGGCUCUGAAGGACCUGAUCACGGAGGCCUGCUGGGACGUCAACUCGAACGGGAUCUCCCUGCAGAGCAUGGACUCCUCUCACGUCUCCCUGGUGCAGCUCACUCUGAGGCACGACGGCUUCGACUCGUACCGCUGCGACCGGAACCUGGCCAUGGGAGUCAACCUCAGCAGCAUGUCAAAGAUCCUGAAGUGUGCAGGAAAUGAAGACAUCAUCACCCUCAGAGCAGAAGACAACGCAGACACACUCGCCCUCGUGUUUGAGACACUCAACCAGGAGAAAGUCUCAGAUUAUGAGAUGAAGCUGAUGGACCUGGAUGUGGAGCAGCUCGGUAUUCCAGAGCAGGAGUACAGUUGUGUGGUAAAGAUGCCCUCUGGGGAGUUUGCCCGUAUCUGCCGUGACCUGUCCCAGAUCGGUGACGCCGUCAUGAUCUCCUGCGCCAAGGACGGAGUCAAAUUCUCCGCCUCGGGAGAGCUUGGAACCGGAAACGUCAAGCUGUCCCAGACCAGCAAUGUAGACAAAGAGGACGAGGCUGUUACUAUCGAGAUGAACGAACCCGUCCAGCUGAUCUUCGCCCUCAACUACCUGAACUUCUUCACUAAGGCAACGCCGCUGUCCAAGACAGUCACUCUCAGCAUGUCUGCUGAUAUCCCCCUCGUGGUGGAGUACAAGAUUGCUGAUAUGGGACACGUCAAAUACUACUUGGCACCUAAGAUCGAUGAAGAAGCUUCCUAAGUUGUUUAAUAACGGUCCAGAAAGGGAGAAUAGAGGAAAGCAGGUGACUGGGACUUGUCCUGAGUGAUCAAAGAGCUGAAGUGAUCUCAUGGUGGUGGAUGAUCGCUCUGAGGUUUCUGAUCUCCUGUCUAAUGAGAUUCACAGCAGGAGGUGAAGUUUUAUAAACUGUCAUCUUUUAGACACAUGAAUAAUGUGAUGAAGCUUCAGUGCUUUGACUCUUUGUGUUCAAAGCGACUGGCUGUGUGGUCCAGACAGCUCCGGUGUAAAUUUCCAGCACUUCUUCACUCCACUUGUCUCUUGCUCUCGAUUUCGGCCAUUUCUUUGAGAAAGCAAUUUUUCAAUUAUCCUAUUCCUUCUUGUAGAUAAUGCAUUUGUAAAUACUUCCUGUGGUUUCGCACUGUCAGCCAACCCCAAAUGUUUUUGUAUUCAUUGAUCCAGUCCAAAAUAAAUGAUUCAACUUGUUUCCAAUA